CUCUCUCUCUCUCUCUGUGCAUCUCUUUCUCUCAAUUUCCUCUUCAAUCUUGAAGAAUCUGCAGCCAUAUUUUUUAAAUAUAGUUUGCUAAUAGAUUGAGUUCAUUGAUCAUCGAAGAUGGGAAGGCAACCUUGCUGUGACAAAGUUGGGUUGAAGAAAGGGCCAUGGACGGCUGAGGAAGACAAGAAGCUCAUUAACUUCAUUCUCACCAAUGGCCAAUGCUGCUGGAGAGCUGUUCCCAAGCUUGCAGGCCUAUUGAGGUGUGGGAAGAGUUGCAGACUGAGAUGGAUAAACUAUCUGAGGCCUGAUCUGAAAAGAGGUCUUUUAUCAGAAUAUGAAGAACAAAUGGUGAUUGAUCUCCAUGCUCAACUUGGCAACAGAUGGUCCAAGAUUGCUUCUCAUUUACCUGGAAGAACUGAUAAUGAGAUCAAGAACCAUUGGAAUACCCACAUCAAGAAGAAACUAAGGAAAAUGGGCAUUGAUCCACUCACUCACAAGCCUCUUGCAACAACAACCGAUCAGCAACAACCCCAGAAACCGCAAAUGGAAAUUCAACAAGAAGUUCAAGAACAACCACAGCCACAAGAAUGUUUACUGACCGAAAUAUUGGAUAUUGAAGAUCAUCAAAACAAGGAACCUGAAAAAUCGCCACAAUCAUCAAACAGGGAAGGGAAUAGAUUAGAGGAAGAACACAAAUUCGAAACGGUGGAUAACAUCAUGAACAACAAUAGUAGUUUUUGCACUGAUGAUGUUCCAUUGAUUGAACCCCACGAGAUUAUUGUGCCAAACUGUGUGCCAUCGACUUCAUCUUCAUCAUCUUCAUCUAAUUAUUCAUCUUCGGAUCAUUCAUCAAAUUUCUUGGAAGAAUGGCAAUUUCCUGCAGAUUUUGAGUGGCCCAACAUUAACAUAGACUUAUGGGACGAUGACUUUAGCAGUUGGGAUUUGCUCAUCAAUGAUGACGUUGACAGGAAGGCGGCAACUUUUGUUGAUCCUAAUUCGUCUCUUACUCAGUUCCCAAGAAUGGUUUUUGAUCAUCAAGAUUCUUGGAAAUAUGGGCUCUUGUAACUUCGAAUUUUCACGUGGUUAGGAUUUUUCACAGAGAUGAAAAUAAUAAAUCAAAAUAUCCCGGAAAAAGUAAAACUCCGUUAUCUUUUUACUUAGUUUCUUUUUUUCUUUUUUCUUUUUUUACUGUUUGGAGAUAAAAGUUUUUUGUACAUGAUGAACGAAAGUAUUAUGGAUUGUCUAUUCAAUACAUGUUAUGCCUCCA